UACAUCUCGAAUAUGCGCGCGUCCAUGCACAGAGCUCGCGCGCUCCUGCCGCUGGAACGCCGUGCGUUCCUGUCAACCGCACUAUCUGCCGCUGGAGAACCUACAAAACAUGUCCUGUACAAGUCCCAUAUGCCAACUUCACCCCUCCAGAAAAUCGCCGUUGCCGUGGGCUCGGCCGUGUCGGUGUUCACAAACCCAGAACGUGGUGAUAUGCUUGCUGCGCUUGGUGAUGUCACUGGGGCGGUAGCGCUACGCAAAAUGCAUCUUAAGAUGUCCUCGGACCCUGUGGGCAUGCAAAUUCUAGCGGAGAAACCCCGUUUUCGGUCGAACGUUGUCGACAUCGACGCCUUGCGUGACCUUCCGCGCAACACGUUUGGAUAUGCGUACACGCAGUUCAUGGAUGCCCAUGGAUUUGAAGCCGAUGGCCGCGCCGACGUCAAAUUCGUCGACGAUCCGGAACUCGCGUACGUCCUGCAGCGAUACCGCGAGCUGCACGACUUUUGGCAUGUGUUGUUCGGUCUGCCCCCCACCGAAUUCUCCGAGAUCGCCCUCAAAUACGUCGAACUCGUGCAAACGGGGUUGCCCGUGUGCACUUUAAGCGGGUUCGUCGGCCCGUUGCGACUUAGCUCUGGUACGUGAACACGCUCUCGUCGCUCUUAAUUGCAACCCAUGACA